AUGGGCUCUACAACGGUCCUUGCAUCACCCUGCUACUGCUCCCUCUCCCUCUCCUCCUCUUCCCACUCGAUGAAGGUGGCCCUCCUCAUCUCUUCCUGUCCGCUCUCUAGGGCUUCUCCCAAAAUCCCACCUUCGUCCCAUCUCCGCAUAUUCUUUUUCGCACUCCACCUACCUCGACCCCCGUUGUGGGACGGCCUCAAGUCGCUGGUGAGGCAAGAGAAAAAGGUGAAAUUUCAUGAUAAAGUUGUUCGUGCUUCUUUAUUUGGAGUGGGUGCUCCUGAAGCAUUGGUUAUUGGAGUGGUAGCUCUACUGGUGUUUGACCCUAAAGGCCUAGUUGAGGCAAGUUCCUUCUUUGAACAGUAG